AUGGCGACCGUUACCAUCUCCUCGCUCUCGUCGUACAGCUCAUACCGAGACUCGCGCUCGCCCCUCCCGAUUGAAGUCCAACACGCCAACCUCGCCGUCUCCUCCACCGUCUACGUCGGGAACCUUUCGUUCUACACGACCGAGGAGCAGAUUUACGAGUUGUUCAGUAGGGUCGGAGAGGUGAAGCGUAUCAUCAUGGGGUUGGACCGGCAUCAGAAGACUCCUUGCGGGUUCUGCUUCGUCGAGUUCUUCCACCACUCUCACGCCGUUGCCUCUCUCCGCUACAUCUCCGGCACAAAGCUCGACGAGCGCAUCAUCCGCGCAGACCUCGACCCAGGAUACACCGAGAACCGGCAGUAUGGGCGCGGAAGGUCGGGAGGGCAGGUGCGGGAUGAGUACCGCGAGGACUGGGACCCCGGACGUGGCGGAUGGGGACAUCUCAAGAACCGCGAGGAGGUCGAGGCGCAGCGAAGGCGCGAAGUCGAGGAGACGUACCGGGACGACCACGAUGCGGGAGGUGCGGGUCGGGACGUACCGACAGGCGCUGGAGACCCGGACGAGAACCCUCGUUUCCGCGAAGAAAAGGACGAGUAA